AUGGCCGGAAAAAGCAGCCGGACAUCCGCAUCCGCGCGGAUAUCCGGAUGCCAAUCGACCAUCUCUACGCCGGACUGGCCUAAGUUGAAGGCUUCUAUGAUAGCUUACUGGGGAAAUGUCAACACCGCCAAGUUUACUUUGCAUGAUCCGGAGCCUCCUGAUCGAUUGCUGGAAGAUAAAAAUCCCCGGAAUCUUGAGCGCGGUGUAAGACUCAAAAAGUGGAUGUAA